CUCAGGCUCAGCCUCAGCCUGCGGGCUGUGAGGCGCGGCAGCUGGGCGGGGUUGGGGGCUCGCCGACCGUCCUCCCUCCUCCUGGGCGAGGCGGGCGAGCACGAGCCCCGGUCCUGGCCUUGGGCAGAGGUCUGAGGGCAGUGGCAGACAUUUCUACUUGUGUCAGUAGCGAUGGUGGUGGUGAUGGUGAGGACGGCAGCGUUCUUUAUGCCUUUACGCAGGAUCUUCCAUAUGUGCGUGAACAGGAACGUUUUCAACCUGACAUAAUCCAAACUGAAGAUGCACUAAGAUCAAUUCUGGAUAUCCUUGGCCAGUGUCAGCUUAUAUAUAAAGCUGUGCAACAACUGGAGAAGAAGUUUGAUGUUAUUGAUAGAAAGGUGUCAAAAAUUCAACGUGCACGAAUGAAAUACUCUUGGUACUAUCGUAAACCACUGAGACAGUCAAGAAAAACUAACAUUUCCUCAGUUCCUAGAGAGGUUAAACCUGAGGAAGUAGAGAUGUCGGGGCAUUGUAGUUCAUUUUCCCACUCUGAAAGUUACAGCCCAACUUCACCAGUUCGCAGACCACAAAAUGAUGCUGAAGAAAAUGUCAUGAUGCCAUCUUAUACUUAUGAUCACUUAUCAGAAGGUCAACACGAAGACCUGCAGGAACGGGAGCCAUAUGGUGGUUCACCAACUCCUUCCAAUUCCAGCAUCCGUAGAGAUACAUGUGCUGAUAUGUCUGGCCCUCCACUGUUCGACUCUGGCAGCCCCAGGUUUCCUGACAUGGGUGCCUGCCCUGCAGACAUUUCCUCAAUAGCACCUAUCGCAUCUCUGACUCAGAGAAAUCCUAACCUGACACACAGCUUCAACAUGAGCAACCAUCCUGGUGGCCAGGACAGAGAGCCUGCUCUGUCAUCUUUCCAUAACCCAUCUGGUUUUGCUACAAGUUCUCCAAUUGAAUCUAAUCGUGCUGAUCUGACACAAACCUUGCCUGAUGACCCUUUAAACUGGUCUGUGGAACAUGUGAUCCUGUUUCUGAACAAUACAGAUCCUCAUGUUGCAAACUCCCUCAGCCGCCACCUGAGGAGACAUGACAUUGAUGGGAAAGCCCUGCUACUACUUAAUAACGAGUUGGCUAUGAAGUAUAUGGGCUUGAAGCUGGGGACAUGCCUGAAACUAUGUCACUACAUUGAAAAGCUUAAAGAAGAAAAAUCCUAAAUGUCUUCAGAAAUUUAGAUUGAGUUUACCAAUUCACCUUCUUGUUCUUAGUUUUUGUUUUGUAGAAGGUUCCCCUUAAAUUGUCACAUCCAGAAUUGCAAAACUAUGUUAGGGCUGAGUCUACUUCUUUCAAGCAGUAAAAAAAAUCCUACGCAGUGUUUCUGCUUAAUUUGCCUAGUUCUAAGCCAUUUAGCCUUCUAAACUUUGGAAGAUACAUUAAUUCUAACUUACUGUUUCGAGCUAUAUUUCAUAAUUUAAAAUUUUUAAGAGAUAAGUAUUAUUUUGUAAUUAUUUAUUAUUACAUUAUUUAAUUUUUAGAAGAAUACAAGAUAUGAAAACUGUGGCUACAAAAAAAUAAAAAUAAAAAAGGGCCAGGGAUAUAGCUCAGCAACACAAGCACCUACCUGGCAGUGCAAGUUUGUGAGUUCAAUUCUCUGUGCCAAAAAAAAAAAAGAAAAGAAAACUGUUGCUAAUAGUAUCAGCCAUUUGUCAUAAAUAACAAUAAAAUGUUCACCAGGUGCAGAAAAACCAAAUUCUCUUUAUAUACAAAUGUAACUGCUUAUUGGAUACAUGUGGUUAAAGGAUGACUUAAUUUAUGUUAUCCAUUGUGUAAGAUGAGAUUCUGACCUAAACUUGGUUUUCUUUCAAAUUGUUUAUAUGAAGAUGCUGUACUAUUUUCUCAGGUGUUUGGAAAAUACUGCUUAACUCUUUUCAAAUUUAAAAUAUAAUAAAAUUAAAUAAAUUCAG